AUGUAUUAUCUUAAAAUGUUAUUGUUUACCUUUUUAAUAAAUACAUUAGUAUUACCACAUUAUGAAAAUUGUCAAAAUAACCAUUAUAAUAUAAACCUAAUACGAAAUAACACACAAAGAACAAUUAUAAAAUCAAGAUUAUUAGCACAAGCGAAAAAUCGUAAUCCGCAUUAUCAUAAUGAUCCAGAACUCAAAGAAAUAAUUGAUAAAAUGAACGAGGAAGCAAUAAAAAAAUACCAAAAAACUCAUGAUCCAUAUAAACAAUUGAAAGAAGUAGUAGAAAAAAAUGGAGCAAAAUAUACAGGUGGUAAUGAUGCAGAACCUAUGUCAACGAUAGAAAAGGAAUUAUUGGAAACGUAUGAAGAAAUUUUUGGUAACGAAAGUGAUAUUAUGUUGAAAUCGGGUAUGAACCAAAAUGAUGAUGACAAAUCAUCAACAUGUGAAUGUACUGAUACUAAUAUUACAAAACUAGGAAAAACAAAAGGAAGAGAUAAAUAUUUAAAACACCUAAAACACAGAUGUAUAGGUGGAAUAUGUUCUUGCACAGUAGGUAGUGCACUCUUAACAAUGAUAGGUUUGGCAGUUGCAAAAGCUGCUGCCGUUGGUCCCUUCAAUUAUGUUGCUAGCAAUGGACUAACGUAUAGUACGUGCGCAUCCCAUAUUACUAUAUAUAACAUGUUUAAUUCUAUUACUCUAGGGGAAGCUGUUAAGGCAGGCGGUGGAAUCUGUGUAAGUGGUGCUGGUGAUUUAGUCGGAACUGCUGCAGCUUCUGCUAGUGCAAUUUUUGAACCUUGUGGUAUUGCAGCUUUGGUGCUACUUAUAUUAGCUGUUGUACUUAUAAUAUUAUACAUAUGGUUAUAUAGAAGAAGAAAAAAUUCAUGGAAACAUGAAUGUAAGAAACAUUUAAGUAAGUAA